GAUAUACGGGUAAAAACUGUCAAUACGAAUUGGAUCCCUGCAAUCCGGCUGAAUGUAUGAACGGUGGCAGCUGUGUGGGAAAUUCAACACAUUUUAGGUGUGAAUGUGCACCCGGCUACACAGGACCUUUGUGCCAACACAUACUCAAUGAAUGUGAAUCUUCACCCUGUAUUCAUGGCAUUUGCGUAGAUCAGGAGGAUGGUUUCCGUUGUUUCUGUCAACCAGGCUUUGCUGGUGAAUUGUGUAACUUCGAGUAUAAUGAAUGCGAAUCGAAUCCCUGUCAAAAUGGUGGAGAAUGUAUUGAUCACAUUGGCAGCUAUGAAUGUCGCUGUAGUAAGGGAUACACUGGCACAAGGUGUCAUAUUAAGGUGGAUUUUUGCGCUAAUAAACCAUGUCCUGAAGGACGACGUUGCAUCGAUCACGGUAAUGACUACAGCUGUGAAUGCCUUGGGGGACGUAAUGGCCCAGAUUGCAAUGAAAUGUUGAGAACGCAAUGUAAUGUUAAUCCAUGCACACACGGUGGCACCUGCUGGUCCAGUGGUGAUUCUUUCUAUUGUGCUUGUCGCCCGGGUUACACGGGCACUAUGUGUGAAGAUGAAUUUGUUGUGGAAACGGUGGUUAGUUCCAGUGAAUUUAUGGUUGACGAUACGAGUGUUCGGAAUUUUAAUGAUAAAAGUUUCGGUUCAUCUGUUGUCCUGAAAAGUCCGAUUGAACUGCAUAAUGCCUAUACAGCAGCGAUUGUAUUGGCAUUGGUUAUAUUUUUCGUGGCACUUUAUCUUACCAUAUGCCACUGUAAAGUGAAUCAAACGUAUCGUAAAUUUUCAACACGAACCUAUGGUUUUCUGCCCAUACUGGGCUUUCGUUGGCGCACCAAACAGGCAACAUCGAAAAUUAGUCGACACUGGCUGAGUGGCAAGGGACUGGGUGGCGGCGGUGCGACGGGCGCCAAUGCAAUGCGUGUUGCAAGCAAUUCAACUUUAUCGGCGCCAUUACAGCGUAAUAGUGUUGGACAUUUGCCAACCGCAAAUGCGUCAACGGCAGGAGCAACAGCAGCAUCAUCGUCAACAGGACAACAACAGCAGCAGCAACGCCAUCAUCAUGUUGGCCAAUUAAAUGAACGGCCCUUUCAGCGUCAUUUGGCCAUGAACUUGGAAAACGAUAUGUAUUAUACAGUAGAUUUUAGUGAAAAUUCCCAGCAUUCACCGUUGAUACAGUGAAACUUGACGACACAUUUUAUCGGUGAUGUUGUGGAAGCUG